UAACAUAAUGGCAGCACAGGCCUGGACCCCUUACAACAGCCUCACCCAGGCUCCCACCAACCUGAAGGAGGCCAUUGACUGGGUCCUGAGGGUUACUGGUAGGGAUGGUAAAAGCAACAAGGCGGCACAGCCGCCACCAAGCACUAGUAAUGGCCCUCAUUGCUUGUGCUACUUGGCCAAGGCAGUGAAGGACCUACUGUAUGAUGCCAGGUCCCCGGAGUACCCUGGUCCCAGCACUGGGAGGAACUGGAAUGACAUACUCCUAGACCAGGAACAGUCCAUAGUAAAGCCAGUGCUCACUGACCUGGGACUCCUUAGUGAUAGCACUAGUGCUGCCAGUACUACCACUACCUGUGCUGGUGGUACCGAGGUCAUAAAGGCACUGAUAGACCAGUUGGCACAGGGACUACAGAAGUGGGUUGGGUGGCAGAAAGGCAAGGAAGUCUGUUGUCUAGAUACGGAAACUGGGAUAGGAGGGAAGUGUACAUGUCCUGGUGGUGGUGCUGGCGGUUGUUGUACCGGUUCUAGUGGUACUUGUACCUGUGCCUCUGCGAACAAUUGCUAUAAGUCAGCCUACAACAAGGACUCGGCCUUAUGGACGAACAUAGUCAAUGGUACCACUGGUGUCGGAGGAUCCGGAUCGGCUGGUAGUGCAGUUACUGUCAACCCAGUGAAGGCCGCCCAGGAGGUCCACCUCCUGGCCCGUAUUUUCCUAGGGUCAGUAUGCCUCAUCUGGAGUGGACUCAGUCAGUUGGGGUUCCUAACGGGUGGUGGCAAGAGGUGGAGCCAGGAUGGAAAGCUACACGAGGUCGAUAAGGGUCUCGGCUCAUUCAUGGCGGCCAUGGGCUAUGACCUGGAUAGGUUGAAUCAGGAGAAGGGAGGUAAUAAUAAUGGAGAGUUUGUGCAAACGUUGUUGACUGGAGGGAAGGAUAAGGGAGUACCGUGGCAGGAAUUCAAGAAUGGUCCUCCUCAGGAUAGUGUAGCUGAGUACUACAGCAGUAUUUAUAGUGGAGCACUGGGUGCUGCCAAAGGCAGUACUGAAGACAUCUGUACUAAGUACCCCCUAUUGGUACUCCACAUCCUUGCCAGUGGGUACUUCAGGGCAGGUAGUGCCGGGGCGAAGGGAGUGAUUACGCCGCCGAAGGCGGCUACUAAGAAAGAUGAAACUCCCUCUUCCAGGAAACCCCGUACUAUCCGGGAAAUCCUAUACUGGCUAAGUGCAUUGCCCUAUAGUGAGAAGUACAAGGCACUGGUAGAGAGGAUGGAUGGCAAGAUGAAGGGUAUAUUACCUAAGGAACAGCAGGAUAAGGGAGAAUUAAAGCUUCAUAGUGAAAGUACUAAUGCCAGUACCACUCUCUUGCAGAAGGACAAGAUUACCCACUACCUACUGGCCGCCUGUGGCUACUGCCCAUUGGUACUCAUCGGUAUCCAGGGGACCAUAGAGAAGGAGGUGGACAAGGCACAGGCACCACCAGGUCCUCCAGCUGCGGGGAGUGCUGGUGCCGGAAGUGGUACUGAUAACAAGUGCACCAAUUAUGGCAAAAAGCAAGAAGAUAAAACGGAUUGCAACAAGAAGGACCUUGCCGAGAAAGGUCAAGUCUGCUACGGCGGGUACCACCUGGAAGUGUCCCAGUUUGGCCCCCUCCAUGGGAUGUAUGCCAAUGGGCUCUUUGGCUUUGACAUGGACCUUUCGGCCGCCCAGUGCCUGGACCAACUGAGGGUAUAUGUAUACCACUGCUUCUACCAGCUCUAUUUCCUGAGGAAGCAAUGCACAGUGGGAGUGGAAAGUGGAGUAGGAGCAGGAGGGAACACUGUGCUGGGCUGGCAGAGUUGUAGGUAUGGUAGUGGACUUGUUGGCGCCGGGAAAGAGAACUGGAUUUGUCAAAAAUCAAGUACCAGUAAUGGGAAAUGCAAAUGUUAUAGUGGUAAAAAAUCGCCACUCAUGUUAUUCCUUUGUGAUUCAGUUGAACAUAUGCAUUGUGGAUUGACAAAGGGCAAGGGUGUGAAUGAUUAUCCCGAAAUUGAUGACCACAUUGAAGCCAAGGAUACUAUUCAACCUCCACACUUUGGCAAACCACCCAUGCACUGUCCAGUUCCGAUGGGAUGGCAAGCAGAGAGUACUGGUAGUAGCACUAGCGGUGGCCAAAACAGGGAGAACCACUUCAAAGAUUUAAAUACUGGAAGCCACAAACAGGAAUCACUGUCACAACCAGGUAGUCCUGGCACAUAUCCUGCCCACUGCACUGGGAAUACACUGUCACAUCUCCUGGAGUACUACUGUGACCCCGAAAAGUGCCAGAGUGGCUCCCUAGUGGUAUUACUGAGACUACUGGCUUGUAUCACUCCCACGGUGCCACGGACUCUGGGUGACCUCUUUGGGUUCUAUUACUAUAUAGUCUAUAUUGGGGGAAACCAGGGUGGUGGUGCUGCAGAGGGAGUGUAUGCUAGGUUGAAAGGAAAAGAGGAGGAAUCUAAACUGUACAUGCUUUCCAUUGGUAGUGACGGAGUUGUCGAGGCACUCAAGAAAUACGGUGAAAAUUGCAGUGGAGGCACUGCUGGCAACCUUAAGUGUCUAUAUAGCGAUGGCAAAAACAACUGUACUCCAUUCCUUUCCCCUCUUAGUGGCCAGCAGUAUGGCCAGUUGAGUCCCUUGAUGGCUGGGACCUACCUGUCAUGGUUGGUCUAUUUGAUAGAGGGGUUCAGGACAGGACUGGAGGGGUUGAAAGGGGAGUUCCAGCAGAUUAGUUGUAAGGAUUCAGAGUGCCACAGAGGUCCGGGAGGAGGUGGAUGUAGCGAUGGUAAUGGAUGCCGACAAGGAACACAUGGUACUAAGUGCACUGGUGGUGGCGGCGGAGUCUGUCAGUGUGCCUCUGUCGUAUCAUGUACCGGGGUACUACCGGUGUUGUACAGGUAUGGCUUUGGGUAUGGUGAUGUAAAGGAGUUGCACAAGGAUAAAGGUGGUGGUACGCAGAACAAGAAGUGCCACGACUUCCUAACGACACUGAACAAGGUCCUAGAGGGUACUAAUCUCACGACUAGCUCCCAAAAGGGGCUCCACCACGAAAUAAACCAACUAAUCUACACCACCAGGCUCCCCUGGAUCUUUGUACUGACCUUAGCCUGGCUAGUGGCGGUGCUGUACCUAGCAUUUGGAGCCAUAUGGCCACUGGACUGGACACAUAUGAGGUCGCAUUGUAGGGGAUGGUUCAGGGAGGGAAGUCUGAGUCCAUGGGAGAUCUUGAUGGUUGGUAAGAAGAAGGGAAGGGGGAUAUUGGAGUUCUUUGGUACACAUAAGAAGUGCCACGAGUUCCUGGGAACACUAGACAAGGUACUAACAGGGGAUCACCUCAAGAAUGGCUCCAAAAAAGGCCUGCACUAUGAAAUCAACCAACUCAUCUACACCACCAGGCUCCCCUGGAUAUUUGUACUGACCAUAGCCUGGCUAGUAGCGGUACUGUAUCUAGCCUUUGGAGCCAUAUGGCCACUGGACUGGACUCAUAUGAGGUCGCAUUGUAGAGGAUUGUUCAGGAAGGGUAGUCUGAGUCCAUGGGAGAUACUGAUGGUGGGAAAGAAGAAGGGAAGGGGGAUACUAGAGUUUUUUGGUCAGAAGAAGCAAUGUCACGAGUUCCUAAAGACACUGAACAAGGUCCUAUCAGGUGACCACCUCAAGAAUGGCUCCUCAUCAGGGCUCCACCAUGAAAUUAAUAAGCUCAUCUACACCACCAGGCUCCCCUGGAUAUUUGUUCUCACGGUAGCGUGGCUAGUAGCGGUACUCUAUCUUGCAUUUGGUGCCAUAUGGCCACUGGACUGGACACAUAUGAGGUCGCAUUGUAGGGGAUGGUUCAGGAAGGGUAGUCUGAGUCCAUGGGAGGUACUGAUGGUGGGUAAGAAGAAGGGAAGGGGGAUACUAGAGUUUUUUGUGGUGAUUCAUGAGAAGGUCGACUAUCUUUUUGGUGGGUUUUCAACAGCAGGUACACGUAAAACUGGCUAUCCCUUGGGUGGGUUUUCAACAGCAGGUACACGUAAAACUGGCUAUCCCUUGGGUGGGUUUUCAACAGCAGGUACACGUAAACCUGGCUAUCCCUUGGGUGGGUUUUCAACAGCAGGUACACGUAAACCUGGCUACCUUUUGGGUGGGUUUUCAACAGCAGGUACACGUAAAACUGGCUAUCCCUUGGGUGGGUUUUCAACAGUAGGGAAACGUAAAACUGGCUAACGUUUUUGUAUAUAGUAGUACAAGGUUACAUGAAAAGUUCAUAAAAGUUUGGUGCCAAUGU